AUGACCCAACACAUCCGAUCAGAUAGUGGUAUGGUCGAGGACAAUGGUCCGACCAUCAUAUAUGAGGACAAUGCAGCCUGCACUGCUCAACUCAAAGAUGGGUAUAUCAAAGGUGACCGGACCAAACAUAUUUUACCCAAGUUCUUCUUCACCCAUGAGUUGAAGAAAGCCAAGGAGGUCAAUGUCGUCCAAAUCCGGUCUAGUGAGAACUCAGCCGAACUCUUCACCAAGUCACUUCCCACCAGCACAUUCAAGAAGCUCACGAAGCAGAUUGGCUUGCGUAGACUCAAGGACCUUCAGUGA